ACGUGGCUGGUGGUCACAGACCCGGUUUGCUCAAGUGCCCCUCACACUCACAUAUUGUUCUGUGCCCAGCUGUGUCUUGUUCUUCUGUGGGCUGAGAUGACGACAGAAACGAGUGUGGGGGUGGAGAGAGAGGAACUGAUUCAGACCAGUAUGCUCAUUCUCUGUUAGCAUCUCACUGUGAAGCCGGAGGUACUGGAUCCUGUUAUAAAGACGGAAUACGAAACCAAUAUCCCAAGAUGCAGUGGUGCAGGUGGGCUGGGAGAUCACACCUGCCAAGACAGUCUGCAGAGCUGGAGAUUGAGGACUCUUUCGACUUUCUUUUUAAAAUCAUCCUGGUUGGGGAUUCAAAUGUUGGGAAAACCUGCAUGGUGCAGAGUUUCAAGACUGGCAUUUUCAUUGAGAAGCAGCAAAACACCAUCGGGGUCGACUUCACCGUUCGCACUCUGAAUAUUGACGGCAAAAAGGUGAAGCUGCAGGUGUGGGACACUGCUGGACAAGAGCGUUUCCGAACCAUAACUCAGAGCUACUACCGCAGUGCCCACGGAGCGAUGGUGGCCUACGACAUCAGCCGACGCAGCACAUUUGAAUCUGUUCCCCACUGGAUCAGGGAGGUGGAGCAGUAUGGAGCUGCCAGUGUGGUGCUUAUACUCAUCGGUAAUAAGUCGGACCUCCAUGCUCAGAGACAAGUGCUAUUCGAGGAUGCAUGCACUCUGGCGGAAAACAAUAGUGUUCUGGCUGCUCUAGAAACUUCUGCUAAGGAGGCACAGAACGUGGAGGCUGCCUUCAUCCUCAUGGCCCGUGAGCUGGUGGCGCGCAACAGCAUGGCCAUCACAGACGAGGCCUCUCAGAUCUCUCCACAAUUCAACUACAGUUUCUCUCAGGGGAUAAAUACAGUAUUUACGCCUGAACACCAAAGGCGGUGUGAAGGCAUAAUGAAAUGCUAGCAUUUCUUCUUCUUUGCUUUUCCAGUUCUGACCACCAAUGACUCACACUUUUGGUGGGAACAUGCACAAAAAGUCAUGUAUGAAGAAAAAAAUGGACUCAUCAACGAUGCCUGAGUCCUGAAACUCAACCUUACAAAUCUUUAUGAAAUUUGGUAACAAGUCAAAUGGAAAAAAAAAAAAAAUCUCUUGGAGCCAUUUUUCAAAA